GGCACAGAAUUUUCUAGGUUUAACAUUUCUCUUGACUUGUUAAGGUACUGUUUUUUGACAUUUCUCCCUUGAUUCUUCCCUUUCUGUUUUCUUUAUGUACUAUGCCUUUAGCCUUCUCGUGGUUGAUGUGCUGUUUUUGUAACAAGCUGACAACCCUGGCAUUUUCUACUGUCUUCUAUGCUAGUUGUAGCCUCCUGGAUGUCCCUUUGUCACUGCAGACUCUGUGGUUCAAAACUUAAUGAGUUGACUACCUACUUUUGAUUGCAUAACUUGUUUCUGUUAAUUGCUUCUCUGUCAUUUUAGACUAUGUUCAAUUCUUUCUUUUCCUGCAGUCUCAGUUCCAUAUAGUUUGUUCCUUGCCCUAGUUGUACUGUUCAUGUUUCUUUCUUGAACUCUAGAAGAUUCUUAGCUGGUUUCUUACGAUGUAGUCCUGAGGAGGGAAUAGUUAAUGCUUGUUGGGUUGCAAAAAUGUAUGACAUUGAGAUAACUUUAAAACAACUAAGGGGAUGCAUUUUUAACAAGGGAAUAAUAGAAAGCAUCCUAUGGUGAUAGAUUUCUGAUUACCAUACUAGUUGAUUCUAUCAACACUGUUGCGAAAUCACAGGUCUUUCUUGAAGGCACUCAGCAGGAGGUCAAGGCGGCCAAGGCCAAUGCCUCUGAUACUACUCAAGCUUGUUUUCUUUCUUUCUUUUUUUAUUUUUUUUUUUAAGAGACAGAGUUUCACUUUGUUGCCCUUGGUAGUGUGCUGUAGCAUCCCAGCUCACAGCAACCUCCAGCUCUUGGGUGUAGGCGAUUCUCUUGCCUCAGCCUCCAGAGUAGCUGGGACUACAGGCACCCACCACAAUGCCCAGCUAUUUUUUGUCGCAGUUUGGCUGGGGCCGGGUUUGAACCGCCACCCUCGGUAUAUGGGACUGACACCUUACUCACUGAGCCACAGGCGCUGCCCCGCAAGCUUGUUUUUUAAACCUUGUCUCUCUCCUUCCAUUCUCCAUUCCAUAUACUGAGAAAACAGAGCUGCAGCAGAUCCCUGUAAAUCCCAUGCCAUUUUAUUUUCUUUGGUUCCUGUGUCACACUGCUUUUGUGUUUGGGAUGCCCUCCCUUUCCACAUUAUUCCAUCAUCUCCAUGAAUACCUGCCUCAAGUUCCUUCUUUCUAACUCAUUUGGUACAUUUAACGGACAUCUAGGAUCUGCCCCACUGUAUGUAUAGACUAUAGUCUUUUCCUUUGGUUGCAUUGUUUUUGUGUCUCAGUCUCUCAUCACAUGAACCACUUUUUAUUUAUUUAUUAUUAUUUGUUUAUUUUUUUUUUGUAGAGACAGAGUUUCACUGUACUGCCCUUGGGUAGAGUGCCAUGGCGUCACACGGCUCACAGCUCACAGCAACCUCUAACUCUUGGGCUUACGCGAUUCUCUUGCCUCAGCCUCCCGAGCAGCUGGAACUACAGGCGCCUGCCACAACGCCCGGCUAUUUUUUUGUUGCAGUUUGGCCGGGGCUGGGUUUGAACCCGCCACCCUCGGCAUAUGGGGCCGGCGCCCUACUCACUGAACCACAGGCGCCGCCCCAAUGAACCACUUUUUACAUUGUAUUAUGGUUAAUUGGUGAAUGUAUCUUACCUCCUUUGCUAGAUUACCAGUUCUUGAGGGUCAAGCCUAUUUGAUUUCUGUCCUCUGCUAUGCUCUGCACAUAUGGUUAGGUGCCCACUUAGCUACCUUGAGGGGAUCGCUACUCUGAUCUUUCUGAAACUGUUCUUUGCUAGGAUACAGGCUGUGCUCUAGCAAGUUGCUUUCAAGUUAGUGCGCUGUGUGUGGACUGGGUGAAUUGUAUGGUUACCAAAAGUUGUGUUCAUUUCCAACUCUAUUUUAUGGCACAUAAUCUUUUUUUUUUUGUAAUAACUUAAAUGUUAUGUGAAUUGGUGAAAAGAGUGCCAUUUUUUUUUCCCCCCUGAGAACCAAGUUGGAUUCUUUGGGAGGACUUCAUAAAAGGUGAGUCACUAGAACAAUGGCUGUAGUGUUAGAUAUGACUGGAAUAACUAAAAGUGAGGGAGGAAGAAUAAUAUCCAGGAGAAUUCUGUAUGUAGACUGCAUUACCAGGAUCUCUGAAAGCUUUCCAUUUUAAUUAAACUGGGCGUUGUAGAUGGUACAUGUGUGGAUAAGGAACUACGGUCAUCAAGGAACUCCAAAUCGUCGAUGUUCUUCAAGUACUUUGACUCCAUAUUAAUGUUGGCAAGUGAAUAAUGUAUAUGUGUUAAAAAUUUAAGGUAUGCAUGUAUGCUGUUUUGGCUGGAUGUGAUGGCUUUGGGAAUGAAGACUUCUGUACGUGCUCUGAUUUUUUUUUUUUUCCUACAUGAGAAGAACCUUGAAAGAGCUUGAAUGGAAGAUAAUGGUUGUGUUAUGUUAGAAUAAACAGAAUGGUACUGGGAGAUUGGGAGCUUUAGAGGCAGAUCUGGUUUUGAAUUCUAGCACCUGCUUCCUAGGGAUGGUAACCUUUUUGGACCCUUUGUUCCUCAUCUGUAAGGUGGGCCUUUGAAGACAAAUUGGGUACGUGACCUUGAAGAUAGCAGGUAUUCAAUAUGUCAUUAAAGUAUCUUUGUGAUUCUUUGGCAAGUUGCUUAAUUUCAUUGACUAGUUUUCCAUUAUCCCAAUUUAUGAAGAGACUCCAAAAUGUGAACUUAGAUGUAAGCUUAUUUUUAUCAAAAUUCCAGACUGAGUCAAAUCUGAAAUAGAGUUCUUCCGCAAUAAAUAUUUGAGUUAAUGGUGUUUGUACUUAACUACUUGAUUCUUGUCUACUGUUGCCAUGGGGUGGGUUGCAGGGCUGGUUUUGCCAACAGUUUUCUAUCUAGCUACUCAGCCAAAAAUUCAGGUUUUAAAGGAAAUUUGGCUUUCAAAGAUAGUGGCAGCUAAUACAAAAUGUAUUACACUUUGCCAUAGUGUUUAAGUAUCUGUGGGUUAGAUUUCACCUUCAUUUUGUAAUUUAAUUUUUAAAUUUAGAUAUUUAGAUGAUUGUAUUAGAUAAGAUAUUUAGGUAUUUAGAUAAUUGGUGCUAACAUUUUUUUUUUUAAACCUCUUGUAGCAUCGAUGUUGACAAAGCCCAUGUUAUUAAUUGGUCAUCAGUUUAAAAUAGGAGCAGUAGCUACUGAGUAAAUGGGUUGGUACAGUAGGCUUCACUAGACUUAGCUGCAACUCAGAAUUUCUCCUCCAGCACCUGAGUAAAUGCUGAUGGUCUUGUGGAGAGUGGAUUAAGAGUACGAGCUAAGUUCUCAAUCCCAAUUAAGAAGCGGAAAAUUUAAACUGUCUCCUUCAAAGUUUAUCACAACCACCACCAUCAAGACAGCAAAACAAAGGACAAAGACUUUGACCUGCUGUGUUACUCUGUGUAGUCCAGUUCACGUAUGGUUUACAGACUUGGCUGGGGUUGCUAAAAAGUAAAUAAAAAGUCGGACACUUCUGUCAUUGGACGCUUUUAUUCACAAGUUACCAGAAUGAGGGCUGUACUGGAGACAGCAGACAUUGCCAUAGUGGCCCUGUAUUUUAUCCUGGUCAUGUGCAUUGGUUUUUUUGCCAUGUGGAAAUCUAAUAGAAGCACGGUGAGCGGAUACUUCCUGGCGGGGCGCUCUAUGACCUGGGUAGCAAUUGGUGCCUCUCUGUUUGUGAGCAAUAUUGGGAGUGAGCACUUCAUUGGGCUGGCAGGAUCUGGAGCUGCAAGUGGAUUUGCAGUGGGCGCAUGGGAAUUCAAUGCCUUACUGCUUUUGCAACUUCUGGGAUGGGUUUUCAUCCCGAUUUACAUCCGUUCAGGGGUAUACACCAUGCCUGAAUACUUGUCCAAGCGAUUUGGUGGCCAUAGGAUUCAGGUCUAUUUUGCCGCCUUGUCUCUGAUUCUCUAUAUCUUCACCAAGCUCUCAGUGGAUCUGUAUUCAGGUGCCCUGUUUAUCCAGGAGUCUUUGGGUUGGAAUCUUUACGUGUCGGUCAUCCUGCUCAUUGGCAUGACUGCUUUGCUGACUGUCACCGGAGGCCUUGUUGCAGUGAUCUACACAGACACUCUGCAGGCUCUGCUUAUGAUCGUUGGGGCACUUACGCUCAUGAUUAUUAGUAUGAUGGAGAUUGGCGGGUUUGAGGAAGUUAAGCGAAGGUACAUGUUGGCCUCACCCAAUGUCACUUCCAUCUUGCUGACAUACAACCUUUCCAACACAAAUUCCUGUAAUGUCUACCCUAAGAAAGAAGCCCUGAAAAUGCUGCGGAAUCCAACAGAUGAAGAUGUUCCUUGGCCUGGAUUCAUUCUUGGGCAGACUCCGGCCUCAGUAUGGUACUGGUGUGCUGACCAAGUCAUCGUGCAGAGGGUCCUAGCGGCCAAAAACAUUGCUCAUGCCAAGGGCUCUACUCUUAUGGCUGGCUUCUUGAAGCUUCUGCCGAUGUUUAUCAUAGUUGUCCCAGGAAUGAUUUCCAGGAUACUGUUUGCUGAUGACAUAGCUUGCAUCAACCCAGAGCACUGCAUGCAAGUGUGUGGAAGCAGAGCUGGGUGCUCCAAUAUUGCAUACCCACGCCUGGUGAUGAAGCUGGUUCCUGUGGGUCUUCGGGGCUUAAUGAUGGCAGUGAUGAUUGCAGCUCUGAUGAGUGACUUGGACUCUAUCUUUAACAGUGCCAGUACCAUAUUCACCCUUGAUGUGUACAAACUCAUCCGCAAGAGUGCAAGCUCCCGGGAGCUAAUGAUUGUGGGGAGGAUAUUUGUGGCUUUUAUGGUGGUGAUCAGCAUAGCUUGGGUGCCAAUCAUCGUGGAGAUGCAAGGUGGCCAGAUGUACCUUUACAUUCAGGAGGUAGCAGAUUACCUGACACCCCCAGUGGCAGCCCUGUUCCUUCUGGCAAUUUUCUGGAAGCGUUGCAAUGAACAAGGGGCUUUCUAUGGUGGAAUGGCUGGCUUUGUUCUUGGAGCAGUCCGUUUGAUAUUGGCCUUUGCCUACCGUGCCCCAGAGUGUGACCAACCUGAUAACAGGCCAGGCUUCAUCAAAGAUAUACAUUAUAUGUAUGUGGCCACAGCAUUGUUUUGGGUCACAGGACUCAUUACUGUAAUUGUUAGCCUUCUCACGCCACCUCCCACAAAGGAACAGAUUCGUACCACUACCUUUUGGUCUAAGAAGAGCCUGGUGGUGAAGGAGAGCUGUUCCCCAAAAGAUGAACCAUACAAAAUGCAAGAGAAGAGUAUUCUGAGAUGUGGUGAGAACAGUGAGGCCAUCAACCAUGUCAUUCCCAAUGGCAAAUCUGAAGAUAGCAUUAAGGGCCUGCAACCUGAAGAUGUUAAUCUGUUGGUGACCUGCAGAGAAGAGGGUAACCUGGUGGCUUCCUUAGGCCAUUCAGAGGCAGAAACACCAGUAGAUGCUUACUCCAACGGGCAAGCUGCUCUCAUGGGUGAGAAAGAGAGAAAGAAGGAAACAGAGGAUGUGGGCCGGUACUGGAAGUUCAUUGACUGGUUUUGUGGCUUUAAAAGUAAGAGCCUCAGCAAGAGGAGUCUCAGAGACCUGAUGGAGGAGGAGGCCGUUUGUUUACAAAUGUUGGAAGAGACUCCACAAGUUAAACUAAUACUAAAUAUUGGACUUUUUGCUGUGUGUUCGCUUGGAAUUUUCAUGUUUGUUUAUUUCUCCUUAUGAACUUAAGGAUAUGGUGAGACACUUAAGAAAAUGCUGGUCUUUGGAAAAAAGUUAUGUAACUGUUGCAUCUCUCAGGCAUUGUUUACGCUGUAGGUUUUAGCCAAAAUUUACUUAGCAGAAAAUCAUCUAUUUGAAAGACUUUAUUUUCUCAGAGAUGGAUGAAAGUAAAGUACCUUCAACUUAAAUGAAGCAAACUUAACAGACUGAAUUGUGCAAAUGUGGUUUAAAAUUUUGCAUACCAAAGUAAGGAGAGACCAGUUAUUCUCAUAGACCACUUAGAGCAGAAUAUAUGUUAAGAUAUCAUGAAUUAAGGUAUACUGUCUGUACUCCCAAGUCUUGGCAGAGCUUAUCCUAAAGUAGGAUUUGCUCAUUUCUAAGUUUUUUCCUCUUAUCUCUGUAAUCCCUACUACCAUUAACAAAAAAAAAAAAAACCAUACCCCUGAAUUCUUACACAUUGUACAAUGAAUUAUAUACUCAAAAUCUUAACUAAUGUGUUUGUGUGAUACUUGUUUCAAGACAAGUUAGUUUGCUGGGUUCAUUUUGUUAGCAUGAGCCUGUGGAUUCUGGUUGCCAAAAGAAAGAAUGUUUCCUGUAGGUAUUUUUGUACCAACAGUAUAUAGAAUGUUGGGGAAAAAACUUUGUUCCAGGUCUCUUUAUUUUUCCUACUUUGAACUUUAAGUGAACCAUACUCAAAUGGCCACCAAGUUUGUUAAGUGACAUUGUGAGUGUACUGUUCAGUGAUCACAGAGAGAUGAUGACGUGAUCUUGCUGGUGGUACCCAUAUUAGUCAAUCACAUUCUUCAUACCGUUUGGGAAUUACCAGCCUCUAUAGUGUUUGAUUAACUUAAUGCUAAGCAGGUCAUCUCCACUAAUUUUCUAGCAUUGUUCUUGUUAUUUGGUGAAAUUAGCCAAAGUAGAUCCAGCUGGAAGAUAUGUCCAGAAACCUAGAGAAAAAUUGACAUGGCCUUUGUGUGCUAGGUUGCUCUGCUUGAUUAGAUCAUGAUUUUGAGGUUGAGUUUUUAGAGGGAAAAUUAAAUUCUGAUGUCAUUAAGACCUGCAGUCUGUACACAGCCUGUACAUUUUUGAGCAGGAAGAUGUUUUAGUACAAAUUGGCUAUCAGUAUCAGAACUCAGUGCACACUUUGCUGUUGGAAGAUUGUGAAUAUAGUCUUUCUGUAGGAUGGAUAGCAUGUUUGAGAGGUGCCAAGAACGACAACUUCCAGGUUACUUGUGUGUCUCUUGGAGAGUACAACAGGACUGUGUAAUUACAGGACCCUGUGUUGUGACAUGGCUUGGGACCCAGUUGCAGGACGUUUCUCCAUUGUGAGGACAGGGUGCAAAAGAUGUUAGAGAAAAACUCUGUGGAUUGUGUAGUUCUGCGUCCCUGUGUGCUCAGCAUUGUCCUUUGUCCUCUGUAAAAGAUAAAGAAGCAAAUUGUGUAUGUAUCUACUUUCUUUUUUUUGACUUUUAGUCUCUGAUACUUUUUAAAUUGCAUGAUUUUACUAAGCUUGUAUUCUUUAGGGAAGAUUAAUUUUAUAGACAUUUUGUAGAUUUUGAAUCAAAACUCAGUCCUGUUGACUUUAAAUUUUUUUGUAAUCUAUAAACUAAUUUCAUUAUGGUGGGCUCUAUUGUCCAAAGUUGAUUUUAGAAAUUAAUCAGGUAGCAUAAAUGUCUUCCCAUCUUCAGGAGGCUUUCUGAUGGACUGAGUCUAUAGAUGAGAAAUUUACUCAUGUGUGAAUAGCAUGUAUUUCUGAAGAGCUUAGAGUGCCUUGUAGAAGUUUUUUCUCAGUUUCAUUCUUGAGGUUAUAACGUGGGGGCCAAAUCGAGACUAUCCUUUUCUUGUAAGGAGGUUGAGGCUGUGACAUGUACAAGGUUACAAAGUCUGUUUGGGAAGAAUAGUAACCAGGUCUCCAAAUCUGGACUCAUGGUUUGUCCAGAAAUGUCCAAACAAAUGGUCUGUUCAUGUUUUGUCUUAUUUUCUCUUUUUUUUUUUUUUUUUUUUUUUUUUUGCAGUUUUUGGCUGGGGCUGGGUUUGAACCCACCACCUCUGGCAUAUGGGGCUGGCGCCCUACCCCUUUGAGCCACAGGCACUGCCCUUGUCCUAUUUUCUUAAAGGAACUAUUCUCCCUUUGAGAAAAUCUUUCAGUAUUUGAGAACACAAAAGGAUCUUGAUUUUUUUCAAAUUGACAUUAAAUUGUAGGAAUUAAAAUUUUCUUUGACCCUGAACGCAUUGCUGUGUUAAUUUAGCUGUGAGAAUUGACAUACUGGCUGGUGAGCCUUCCUAUUUUCUUCUGUAUACAGUGCAAAUGAAUAAGAGGUGUUUAUGUGGACCCUCCCUCUUUAUUUAACAUUGAGUCCUAAAAGUUUGGAGUAUUAGGGUCACCCCACUUCUCUGUUGUCUUAGUAAGAUACAUAAAAUCUAUCAUCUUGGGUCUAUUUGUGUGUAUAUAGCAGUAGGUCAAGUUUAGAGUACUAAUGUCUGUAAAUAUGGAAUGACUAUUAGCAUAUUCAUUAGGAUUGUUUAUUAUUGCCAGUAUAAACAUCACUUUAUUUAGACUGAAGUCCCUGAAGCUUGUCCUUAUUGCUUCCCAGUAAUAGAUAAUGUGCUUGAGUAAGUAUGUGAAUUGCUGAUUGCAACUUCAUUUCAGGGGUCAAACUUCAGUCUAUAUGUCAUUAGAAUGAUUGUUCCUGGAAUGAUAUAUGGACUUUCUUAAGCUAGCAGAAUGUUCCUACUUUACAUUGACUACAAAUGAUGACAUUGCUUUUCAUACAUUAAUGUGUAUAUAUACUAGCUCAAGCUAAGGUUCAGAAUUGACCAAGAGUGAUAUUGACUAAAGUGGUAGCUAAAAGUCAGUGAGGUAAGGACACUGGUCUUCAAAGGUGGAGGAAAAUAAUUGUCUAAUGGAAUCCCAGUUCUUAGAUUGUUGUUUUCUCAGGCACUUUUAGUCUGAAGAUCUGAUAAGAAGGGCUUAUUACAUUGGUAUACAGAAUGAUUAUUGGCUCUUUGGGUCACCUCUGAUUUCUGAAGGUCAUUUGUGAGUGUUCAGUCCUGCUCACCCCAGGAGAGUCAACAUUUGAGCCAAUCUCUUCUUUUCCCAGCUGUUCUUUCCCUUGGGAGGUUAUCUCUUUUGUCUUUAGAUUAGAGAAGUGCUGUGUCCUUUGGCCUAUUUUCAGUAGAUCCCAUCUCCCAGGGCUUCCUUUUCAGUUGACUCAAAGGAUCCAUUGUCUUUUUGCACAGAGAGGCUGGCCAGGGUCAUGUAGCCAAGAGCUCUUGGGGAUGAUACCCAAGAAAUUUGCAGGGAUCCAUCCCUGUUCCCCUUUGAAGAUCUGAGUUGGGAGGUUGUUAUCCACUUGUCUGUACCCUCUUACCACCUACCCCACCCCUGAGGCUGAGCAAGGGGUUAAAAAGUCUUGUCAGGGCAAUUAGCCUUUUAGUUUCUGUUUUUGUAGUUAGGCUUUUUCCCUUCCAUCUAGUUACAUGUAUCUUUCCCUUUCUCCUUGGACAUCUUUUAAUGUAGUCUAGGGGUUACUCUUGUUCUGCAUCACCAAAUAAAGCAGCUCUAUUAGUUAUAGAAAGUUAGGUCCUUCAGUGUUCCCACUUGGUGAUGUUAGGCGUAUUCAUUCCCUUAUUCUCUGCUCUACUUUCUCAUUUUCAUUUGAGGUAUGAUGACUAGACAGGAACCACAUGGGUGGUGACACCACCAAUUUCUAGGUUUGAGUUGAGAGAAGAUGUGUACAAGCCCAUUUAUUUCUCUUUAAGUGACUGCAGUGACUUCGCAGGGCAAAAAUUUUCCCAGGAAAUCAGAAAAACUAAGUGAGACAUUGAUAUGAACCCAGAUGAUACAGACAUUAGCAAGUUGUUAAAAGACAAGGUUAGCUUAAAAUCCACAGGUGUGGAAUUGUAAUUGGAUUCUAGAACUUGAAGUAUCACAGCUCUCAGCUAGUUAAGUAAAAACCUGCUCUGGUUUGACAUUAAGUUUUGUAAAGUAUAAAUCCAUUAACACCCUAGAGGUUAGAAAUGACUGAUUUUUGAGAGGGAUAAUUUAGUAGAAAAAUGUGAUAUUAAAUUCUCAUUAACCAGGUAGUCCUUUCAGUGUUGAUAAUCAGGCUGAGCAGACUUUAUAGAUAUGUUUCUGUUUGUGUAUCACUGACCACUCAGAGAGACUGGGCUUUUUCAUGUCUUCCUUCAUGUUGCUGCUUUAGUUCUUCACCUGUUUCUUUUGGCACUUAGCAGAGUCCUGUUUUGAUUUUUGGUCAACUUGGUGCACUUUCAGGCAUUUUGUCAUGGUGUGCGAAAGUGCUGUUUUGCCCCUGUAGUGAAGACUUAGAUCUAAAUAAUGAUUCAUUAAAUAUAGUUGUGUUUAAAUAUACUAAAAUUCUUCUAGCUUAACCUGUUAAUUCUUGAGGAUGAUUUUCUCACACUUUGUUGAUUAAUAAUGGAAGCACUAAUUGUUCAUCAGUAUUUAAUUUUCAAAACACCUUUUUCAGAAGUUAUGGAGAGAGCAACAGUGAAAAUUCAUUCUAGUCCCUUUGGAAUGAUGGUGUCAGACAUAGCAGAGAGGCAGUUUGGAGUUUGGUUUGAAGCCAAAAAGACUUGUUCCUAUAGUAAUUAAAGGUAAAAAUUUGGAACUAGUUGGCAUAUAGAGAAACUCUUCGUACUAGUAGUAGGUAUGAAGCUGGAUUGCAUAAGUAGUAAUCUUGAUUACUAGACUUGGUUGACUUAACUCAGGGCUCAAAUUCCUUUUCCUCCAUUUAAAGUCACUUCUGAAUUUGGAAUGUUUUCAUCAGACUCUCCUCUGUUGGAUACUAUGUUAAGCCAUUUUGGCUUCUAGAAGAGAAUGUAACUGAAAUUCAAAGUAAUUAGUAGGCUUUGUCCAUGCUUGAGUCCCACACCAUUACUCACUUCGUCAUAGAAAUACAUAUUUUUUAAACUCCUGUCUCUUCCCAGUGCUGGAAAUAAGGCUUUAAACUACUGAUUCACUUUUAAAGGAAUAUUGCGAGAAUUGAUGAAAUUUGUGUUUCUGUUUUCAUCUCAACUCCUUUAUAAAAGGUGGGAUUUAGUUUUUUAUUUUGGGGUAAGUACUGAUAACCAACAACUGUAACGAUUUGGCAUAUAUAUAUAUACACACACACACACACACACACACACACACACAUAUAUAUAUAUAGUCUUUUUACUCAGAAAUAAGGUUUGCUGUAUCUGCACCGUUACUACUCUCAUGCACUUUACUUUUUGGGGAGGUACUUUGUAUACCAAGGCUGAUCACUUAAACCAGGAGUGUCCAGCCUGCCACCAUGCUGAUUUUGUGAGGACUUUUGCUAAUCUGUGGUGUCAGAUAUCAUGAAAAAUAUGCAUGGACUUUUUUUUUUUUUUUUUUUAGCUAAUCAGCUUUUGUUAGUGUUUGUGUAUUUAAUGUGUGGCCCUAAGACAAGUCUUAUGCUUUCAAUGUGUAGCAGAGUGGGAAAAAAAAGGUUAGACACUCUUGACUUAAACCAGUAACUUGAUGUUAACCAUUCUUAAAUUUGGUCACCUGGAUUCACAGCAGGAUUGAAAAGAGGGAUGCUAGAAUAAAGUAAACAACUACCGAACAAAUCAAGACAAAACAUAGGGUCUCAGAUUCUUAGUUAUAAGAGCAGAGGUUUUGCUUUGUGCCAUAAUUAUUGCUUGUGAUAAGGAAGCCCUGUCAUCUCUCUUGAAGCUGGCUUAUGGUCAGUGAAUUCCGCAAUAAGGGAAAUACAUAUUACAGUGCUUUUUUAACAAUAGCACUGGUUGACAGUAGAGAUCCGCAACCUAAUUUAUCUUGGUAAAUUUACUCCGUUCUCUAGUGCUGCUAGAUAAAGGAGUGUUAGAAUGUUUACUUUUUUAUUGCUUUUGGUCAAAACUGGCCUACAUAAUUUUUUAAAGUUAUCAGUGUAGUUUACCCUUCUGUAAGUGGAAUGCUUGUUUAUCUCAGUUUUUUUAUGUAAUAAUUGGAAAGUGAAACUAGGCUUUAUUACUAUUAUUGAAAUCCCAGAUGGACAAAGGCCAAUAUAUAUAUGGUAUUCCAUACUAAAAACCAGCUUAGGAAAUUAUAUUUAUAUUUGAAUUAGUGCCUUCUGGUUACCAGUAUUGACUCUGCUAGUUUGCACCUUUCCCUUUCUUAUUUGUGAUUAUUUGUUCUCUUAAUUUUUGUUAUAACUAGCAAAGGAAGUUAAAUCAUAUUUACAUCCUUUACAUGCAGCCUUUAUUUAGGUAGCUCUAUAUUCGUGUUGCAGCCUAAAUGUUAUUUAUUUGUCUUUGUUUUUGUAUAUCCAUAAUAAAAAUUUUACUUAUAUUCUGUGAAGUAUUUUAAUUUUUGUUUUUCCAUGGUAGGCUUGAUAGGUUAUUCCAUGACAGAGAAAAAGCUUAAGUCCAUAGAAAGCACAAAAUUGUGUUCACACAUGCAUGUAUCCACACUCAAAAGCACAAAACUGAUAGUAUUCUCAGUAUCCCACAAGUGCCAGCCGUAAAACCCAGCAGGUGUUUGUCUCAGAGUUGUUAUGAAGAUGGUGUUGAAAGCCCGAGACAGUAUGGUAUCUAAGUUUUGGGUCCUAAAUGUUUAGAGUAAUAGUUUGAUGGAGGGAGAGAAUACAAAUGUCAAUGCUGCAAUUCUGUUUUGGGGUUACUAGCUAAAAUGGGGUCUGUGGGCCUCUUCCCACAAUUCGUAUCUAAAGAAACAGUGAUAGAUGCCACAGGUUUUGGUAAGUGGAACAGGUGACACGUUUGCUUGAAGCUGUAGUCAGUAGAGUUGGUGAGUAGAACAGGUGACAUGUUUGCUUGAAGCUGUAGUCAGUGGAGGUUUUUUUUUUUUUAAAUCUUUGGGAAAUGUUCUCCUCUCAUCCCCCUAACAAGGAGAAAUUCACACUUUAAUAGGGCAAAAACUACUUGUCUUUAAUUUCUGUGUAGGUUUCUGUGAGAAAUGGAGGUACCUUUUUUGUCCCCAUAUGCUUGGCUGCUUUAUUUUAAUAGAAGACUUGAUCCAAGUGUUCUGAGCAUUAAACUAAUUCUGAAACAGAUUUGCCAAAUGAACUAUUUUGCUUUUCACAGUGGCACUAGGAUCCUAAAGGAUUCUUUUACUUGUCCCUUUUCAAGCCUCGAUGAAAUGAGGUCUAUGAAUGUGCGGGCAGAAGAGGAGAACGUUUUCCUUCCACUUGGCCUUGCACUUAACUCGACCCCUCACCUCCUCUGAGGAGUCCAUGAUACCAACUAUGAAUAAAGAUCUUUGUCAUGAAUUUUGCCCAUGUCAGAAGAUACAAAUAACAGUAGAAGUGGCUUCUUUUGUUCUUACUGUUUUCUAUUUUGUAUAUUUAUCUUUUUAGGGAAAUACUUGGUCCACUCAUAAAAAUCUAGAACUAAGAUUAUAGCCGGUAUAGACUAACGUGUUAUGUUUUAGAAGAGUUAACAUUUUGUUAACAUUUUGUGCUGUCCCUCCAGCACAAAGCUAGCCAGGUGUGUAUGUACAUUAUUCGAGAAUGCGAAACCCAGGCUUGGGGGAAUGAGGGGAAGAGGAAUACCAGAAACGCAUGCAGGAAAAAAGUUUGAGGAGCAUCCUUGGCUUGGCAGUAUGUGAUAGUGCAAAGCAGUUAUAAGUUGUUAAUCCCGUGUAUUAAGUAUUGUCUGCCUUUAAAUGUUUUAAAAUUUAAAAUAGUUUGUAAGAACUUUUAAGAAAGAAUGCUUUCGUCAGGCAUUUGGCAAAAACAUCUUUCAGUUAUAAUUCCAUGGGAAACGCUUUAAUUAGUUUAGGUAAAAAGUAGUCCUAUCGGUGUAAAUAUGUAUAAUUAGAAUUUUCUAAUUUCACUGUGAGAUCUCUAACUCUUGAGUGGCAAACAGAUCAAGUCUUUUGCUCAUGGACUUUUCUGUGGGGUUGUUAAAAUGCAAAAGCUUUAUUUUUUUUAAUAAUGACAUAUUACAUUAGUGUCAGAUAAUGAUAUGGAGUCUGUUCCCUGCUUUCCCCUCUAUGUUGCUUCGGUUUAUAGAUUGCCAGCAGAGUUCAGACAUAGAGCAGGGAUUUACCCAUUCUUUGCAUGGACAUCCCAUUUUCUGUUGUCCAGAUCUGUGUUGGCAAUCACAUAUGAACUGUGUUAUGCUUCUCAGUCCUUUUUUUCUUUUUUGAUAAAUGGAUAUCAAAAAUAGUUGCUGUGCAAAAGUUAGUAGUCUUCUUCAAGAAGAAAACCAAUUCCUUUUCUAUAAUAAUAUCCUGUGAAAUUGCUUCAUUCAUCCAUUUUUAAGCCAAAUGUCAGCAGAAUACUGCUGCUUUUAUCUAGUAAUUUUGAUAUGUAAGUAUUAAUGCAUUUUUAAAAGAUGUCUACAUAGAAAAAUGUUUUUCCCAGUGUCUUGCCUGUUAUGCUUUGUUCACGUUUUCUGUAAGAGGCCAGUCAGAGCACUGGGUGUGUGUGUUGUGUACAUGAAUCAUUGUAGUCUGUUAGGCAUCGUAGACCAAAUGUGAUUAUAAAUGAAGUUGAUAAACAUUGAUUUUGUUAUUGGUGAGUUUUUGAAUUGUAAACUGAUUUUCAAUUUACCCUUCAUUGUCCACAGCUUUUUAAUUUUCAGAUUUAACUAAUCGGAUCCAUCUCAUUGUACAAUGUUUUAGAUGUUAGCAGAAAGUAGAAUUUGUUACAAAUAACCAGAUUACGUCAAUAUUAAAAGGAAUACGAUUGAAAUUGUAGAUUUAAGAUUGUUAAUCAUUCAUGACAAUUCUAACUUGACUGUCCUAACCUUUUGUGUACAAUUUGAUUUUUUAAAUUGUAGACAUGUAUGAUCUUGGUUUAAUGUGUUUUUAAAAAGUGUUAACUGUUUAAAACAAAUGAAAAAAUGAAGCAUAUCUGCUAUAAAGAGCUGUCAGUUUUCGUUACUGACUCUGUAAAAUACACUGUUUUUUGUGUACUGUGUGUUAUUUUGCCAGCUGCUGCAUUAGCCUUCAAAAGUAUUUGGAAACUUCAAAUGAACUGCGUUUCUUGCAAAGUAUAUUCCUUUCUGUGGUAUUUUGUCCUGUAACUGAAGUAUAGUAAUUAUUUUAUGGAAAUGUUAGCAAUUCUGUACCAACUUUGAAUAAAAUGAAAACUUUA